CGAAGAAGAAGAAAUGGGUCAGUCGAAGACGACGGAUUGGAUGAUGAGUUCGAAUCAAGCAGCGCGUCGGGCAAAGUUUCUGAAGAUUAAUGUUAUGAAUGGACAACAGUAGUAUCGAAAACUGGAACAAAAAGGUAGAAACAUGAACCAAGAAAAAUUAGCAAAACUUCAAGCCCAGGUCCGGAUAGGAGGAAAGGGCUCGGCACGUAGGAAGAAGAAGGUCGUACACAGAACGGCAACAGCCGACGACAAAAAACUUCAGAGUUCGUUAAAGAAAUUAGCUGUCAACAACAUUGCUGGUAUUGAAGAGGUAAACAUGAUCAAGGAUGACGGCUCAGUGAUCCACUUCAACAACCCCAAAGUGCAGGCGUCUCUGUCGGCCAACACAUUCGCUAUCACCGGCCAUGCCGAGACCAAGCAGCUCACGGAGAUGCUGCCGGGCAUCCUCAGCCAGCUGGGCGCCGACAGCCUCACCAGCCUGCGCAAACUAGCAGAGCAGUUCCCUCGACAAGUACUUGACAGCAAAACCCCUAAAGCAGAAGAUAUUGAAGAAGAAGAAGAUGACGAUGUCCCAGACCUGGUGGAGAAUUUUGACGAAGCAUCAAAGAAUGAGGCAAACUGAUUGAUCUUCCCCUUGAGACCCCAUACAAGGAUUGGAACUGCAAUUAAGAAACUAAGGCGGCUUCUACGAUCUUUUAACUUCUAGCUACGAAGACAUAUCAUUUCAAACACUAUACCGUCAACCAGAGACUUGUGUAUUUUGAAAUGUCCCAAGGAUGCAGUCCCUAUCAGACUUGCUUGCUCAUUUCAACUCCCAACACAUUGGUCAACGGUUCAGUACUUUUCACCACAUUGUUAGUCUUGAUCAGGAUUGCGGUGGUCAUUAAUUAAAGCUAGUCUUAAUAAUUUUGUUUGUUUUUACGAAACAAAAUAAAGGUGAUUAACAUUU